AUGUCCGGCUUCAUCCAGAUGGCGUUCUAUCCAGGCUUUGAUGUUUCUCCAGUUCCUCAAAUGUACUUCCCAGCUUCCUACCUUGGGCAGUGCACAGAAUUCUUCGAUAUUCCAGUAGAUGACAAGGAGAACCAAAAUGUGCCGCCAAUGCACAAAAAUUUUAAGACUGAAAUGUGUCGCCACGUCAUUGCCAGAAGAAUCUGCCGAAAAGGAGUCAUGUGCUCAUUUGCUCACUUCCCAGAGGAGCUCCAGGCGCCAGAGAAGGCUUUUUGGCCCAGAAAACCCCAACCGGAAACCACAGCAAACCAAAAAACGAAACUGUGUGUCAAUUAUUACAAAGGUGGCUCUGGAUACUGCCCGUACGAGCAUCGGUGCCAGUUUAUUCAUCCAGCCGAUGGAAAAUUGUACCAGGAACGUUUUGCGGAUACUGUAGAGUUUCAGAGAAUCAAGGAAGCGCAUCAGAAGGAGAUCCAGGCACUUCAUAUCCACCGACUCCAAGGCGGUCCAAAAGCUCUCCAAAUUGAAGUUCAGAUAAACCUGAAAAUCCGAGAAUUCAAUAAAAGCCACCCAAGUGGUCCGAACUACUACGAUCUACAUGGAAUGACUAGGAUGGGAGCAGACGUCUACAUUGCCGAUAUUUUGAAGUCGAUGGUUCGAAAAAAUGUGAAGGAAUCGAGAAUAGAGGUCACGACCCGGGAAACUUCAUUGAAUUUUGGAAAACCCAUGAUUACAGUAUACCAUAUUUCUACUCUUUCCCCAACCAACAUAUUUUCCCAUAGGGAAUACCGUAAGCAUGUGAAGACAGGAGAACUUUUAAAACCAAAUUUGAGAAUCAUGUACAACUCACCAGUCGUCGUCUGCCGGAUCACCGACGUCUUUCCAGAAGCGUCUUAUGGAUGUUCCCCAGUUCCACAAGCUCAAGUUCCAUGGAACUGGAAGACCCAACUGUGCCAUCACUUCACAGUUGGUGCAUGUUGCCCAAAAGGACCACUAUGUCAAUUUGCCCAUGGCUUGCAGGAGCUCAGAACCGUGGCACAAAAUCGAGCCAAGAAGGAGCAGAAGAUUCCGGAGAGGCACAAGACCAAGUUGUGCGCCAACUUCUCAAAGUCCGGGUCUGAAGUGUGCCUCUAUGAACAGCGCUGCCAAUUCAUCCAUCCGUCGGAUGGUGAGCUGUACCAGGCUCUUUUCUCGGAGACCUUGGAGUUCGAUAGAAUGCUGAAGACGCAUCUGGCAGAGUGUCAGGCUCUUCAUGCUCAACGACUCCAAUCGCCAGAUCCAAAUGAGCGCCAGAUGAUGGAGGACGAAAUCAACCUGAAAGUCCGAGUCUGGAAUUUUACCCACCCCAAGAAAGAAAACUAUUAUGACCUGCACGCCAUGACAACUGGUGGAGCAAUUAAGUAUGUUUUGGGUAUAAUUAAUUAUAUGAAUUCCAACAAUAUCCCCCAAUCCCUCCUAGAAACAGGUCGUGGUAAUCAUUCCACUAACAAUUUCCCAGCUAUCCGAACUAUCUUGUUAAAUAAUUUAAAUGGUUUUAAUGGUGUCUCUUUUGUACCCCAAUUAGGUAAUGAUGGCAUUUUGGAAUUGUCUAUUUAA